AUGACAGCUCUCGCGCGACAGAAUGUUCGAGUGAAGAAGGGGAUUGUGAAAGAAACAGGCAAAGCGCGAGAGAAGCGCAUUCAACAAGCCUUCACGAAGUAUGAUUCGACUAAAGAUGGCCAGCUCAACAUUGAGGAAUUGGCGAACGCCCUGAAGGUUUUGGGAAGCUUCUCCUCCGACGAAAUCCGACAUGUUCGUGAUGACUUGGACAAAAGCAAGGAUGGCAAGGUUUCGUACGAGGAGUUUCGCACCUGGAUUCAUUCAGGCAAAGGCAAAGAAGGGAGGAAGGAGGUCUUAAAAGCUAAGGCCAUCCUGGCUCCCAGUGACGGUGACGGUUUAGAAGCGGUCUUCUACAACUUCUGCGGACCAGGGCAUGCAGACCUGAGUGGUACGAACUUCCAUCGUCUCUGCAAGGACUGCCAUCUUCUAGAUGACAGGCUCGACAAUUCGGCUGUAGACUUGGUCUUUUCGGAUGCCCGCGUGAAGGACCACGCCGCGCGAAGUAUCGACUUUCUCCAGUUCGAAAUAGCGCUGGAACUUCUGGCAGAGCGAAAAGGUGUUAGCCGCCAAAGCCUCCGCUCGGCCGUUCUCUUGCAGGGGCAUCCAGAAUCGCACAACAAGCUCCAGACACACGAGGAGCCACUUGCAGAUGCUCAGAAGAAGAGGCGAAGCAGCUUUUCCGGCCUGGAUCCGGCAGGUGUGUCGGCAGUCCUGGAGAAGAAGAAGCCGACGCGCUGCAGCAGCCAGAAGCGUGUUGCAUCGCUGCUCAAGCUGCAUGAGACUCCUGGGCAAGAGUCCUGGAGGAGGGAUGUGGACAACAGCAAGCUGUGGAAAGUAUUUGGUCUGCACACACCAGCUGGCCGCAACUUGAAGAAGCUUUACGAAGCGCCCUGUGCUUUGCCACAGCCUUGCUCUCGCAAGCGGCACGAGCACAGCUGGUCGAGUCCUUUCCUAAUGAUGAGCUCCGAACAUAGCAGCAGUGUCAGCAGUCCGCUUCGGACGAGCCACGGUCGUCAACCGCCAAGGCAAGCAUGGUGA